AUGAUGCUUGUGUGGAUAUAUACUAAAGGAGGUUCUGAGGAGCUGGCGGCGCUUUCUGAAUGUGUGAUGAGAGGCGAGUGUGUCCUGACGCUGCAGUUCUUCUGCUGUUCAGUGGGUGGUAGCAGAAACCCCUCUGACAGCCCGUCUCGCUUUAAUAAGCAGGACUUGACUUUCGAGUGUACACGAGAUGGUCUGUUUGUAGUUGUGACAAUAAGAGAUGCAACCAUUCCAAGGAUAAGUUUAGAGGCAAUCAGCCUUUUGGAAGGAUGUGAUCCUCUUUGUCCUGUUGGCACCACUGCUGCUUUUGCGUUCCCCGUCACUGCUUGUGACAUCAUAAUGAUGAUGGAUGUUGACUUUGUAGUCUAUGAAAAUUUUACGAUUUCUGCCUAAGUAGGUGUUGGACCUCAUGGCUCUAUCACAAGGGACAGCCAUUAUGAGCUCCUCUUCCAGUAUAGAUAUUCUUGCACCAGUGUUAAGGCAUUGGUUGCUAAGGUCAACACCAUUCCUCCUCCACCUCCUAUGGCUGCUCCUGGUUCUUUGAUAGUAGAGCUUAGACUGGAUAAUGGGCAGUGUUAUGCUAAGGGAUGUAUGGAAGCAUACAAAACAUACUCCUCAUACUAUGGUGACGCUGAGUAUCCUGUGAUGAAAAUCCUGCAGCAGCCAGUCUACACUGAAGUGAGUGUUCUAGAAAGGACUCAUCCCAAAAUUGUACUGACUUUGGGUCGCUGA